CAAGAGCAGAGAGGAGUUUACCGAUUGAGCUGGAGAAUUUGUCAUGCGUUUCGUCACCGUGGUCUCCAGAGACAGCAGAAGCAAAACGGAGCCUCUGACACAGCAUUACAUACUGCUGCUGGUUCUGCAUUGAUUCAUAUUACUCUGAAGCUCUUUGCCAUCAGCCUUUGUAACCUGGCAUUAUGCAUCCUGAUCCAGGAUAUUUACAUGAACUGCUUUUUCUUACAGUUUUCCUUUCAACUGCAGCUUCAGAUUUGAUUCCUCACUUUGUUUCUGAACCUCUUUCUACUGUCCAGAAGCCAGGUGCAACGAUAAAACUUUACUGUUCUGCUGAACCCUCUACAGCUCAUCUCUCUUGGAUAUUCAAUGGAGAGAAAUUGCAUAAGAAAAUAGAGCAAGUAGACCCACAGCCAGGUUCCCUGACCAUUUUCUCUCUUAGUCCUUCAAAUUCUGGUACCUACCAGUGUGUUGCUAAUAACAGUAUUGGUGCAAUAAUCAGCAGGCCUGCAACAGUGUCUAUAGCAUAUCUUGAUGAUUUUGAAACUUCAUGGAGAAACACAAUUUCCGUGGAAGAAGGGAAUACUGCUGUAAUAGGUUGCAAGCUACCAAAAAGCAGUCCGAAAGCACAGGUUCGUUUCCGUGUACGGGGAAAAUGGCUGGAACAAUCAACAGAAAACUACCUUAUUCUCCCAUCUGGAAAUCUGCAAAUUUUGAAUGUAUCUUCAGAUGACAAGGGAAUUUAUAAGUGUGCAGCAUAUAACCCAGUUACUGAUGAUCUCAAACUUGAACCUACUGGACAUAAGCUCAUAAUCAGUAACUCUUCCUCAGCGGAUUUUCAUAUUGUUCAUCCAACCAGUUCUCAGGCAUUGGCAAUACCUCAACACAGACCUCUGAUGUUGGAGUGUAUAGUUAGUGGGCUGCCUAUUUCUUACAUUCACUGGUAUAAAGAUGGCAGAGAUGUGCUAAUUCAGAGCAGAUGGAAGCCGUUUCACUCCCAUCUUACCAUUGAUUCUGUGGAUGUAUCUGAUGCUGGAAAUUAUUCCUGCGUAGUGCAAAAUAAUUCUGGAGUUGUGAAAUAUGUCAACUACAGCAUAAAUGUGCUUGAACCUGCUUCUAUAUCAAGAGGAUUGCAGAAUCAGCUAGUGUCUUGGGGCAAAAAUUUGCAUCUUUCCUGUGAAAUACAUGGAAACCCUUUACCCAAUCUUACCUGGUACCAUAAUGCAAUUCCUGUCCGUCUUUCUUCACGGCACUUACUUUCAGGAAACAAACUCAGAAUAAAUCAAAUCACCACAGAAGACACAGGAUUGUAUCAGUGUUUAGUAAACAAUGGCAUUGGAUUUUCACAGUCCACUGGGAGAUUUCAUUCCCAAGCAGACAAAAGUUCCAAGCCAGUUAUAACAUCAUUGCCAGCAAGCACCAAAGUGAUAGAGGGUGACACAGUAUCAUUGUGGUGUAAUGCCACUGGAUUGCCUACCCCUGUAAUCCGUUGGUACAACAGGCAUGGAGUAAUUACCACCCAUCCUUCACAGGUGCUCUACUCAAAAUCACAGAAGUCAUCCCCCCAGGCAAGAACUGAUAACUCCAUUGCAGACAGAGCCUACUUCAUUAUGUCUCGCAGUGGGUCAAGUUCCUUAUAUAUCCAGCCUGUUACAUCAAAGCAUGCUGGGAAAUAUGUGUGUGAAGCAACAAAUGAUCAUGGGCUUGCUCAUUCAGAGGCUUUCCUUACAGUUGUUUCCUAUGAAGCUAGUACAAAAGCAGAAGUUCCUCCUUUUGAAGUUGCCCAGAAUGAUGAUGGAGAUGGAGAUUUUGAUUCAGAAAUGGGCCUCCCCAAUACAUCUCCAGCCAAGAUUCUUACUGACAAAAUUGCUACAGAAAAAACAUCCAGUGGCAUUUCCCCACCAGAAGCUCCUAUCAUUCUCAGCCCUCCACAAACGCUUAAGCCAGACCAGUAUAACCUGGUCUGGCGAUCUGGAAAGGAUGGUGGUCGGCCAAUUAAUGUUUAUUUUGUGAAAUAUCGCAAGUUGGAUGGCAAUGUUACUAAUUGGUAUACAAUUCGUGUCCCUGGAAGUGAAAAUGAACUUAGUCUUACAGAACUGGAACCUUCCAGUCUAUAUGAAGUUUUGAUGGUUGCAAGAAAUGAUGCUGGUGAAGGUCAGCCUUCCAUGCUUACUUUCCGUACUAGCAAAGAAAGAUCCUCCUCUUCAAAAACUUCACAGACUCCCUCUCAACCAAUUGGCAUUCCUCAACAUUCUGUCAUUCAGGAAGGAACAACCAACAAUUUUGGUGUGGUCCUUCCAGAUCUACCUCGACAUAGCAGUGUUCCUGAGGCACCAGAUCGGCCUACUAUUUCAACAGCAUCAGAAACCUCUGUUUAUGUCACUUGGAUCCCACGUGCAAAUGGUGGAUCACCUAUCACUGCCUUUAAAGUAGAAUAUAAACGUGUUAACAGAAAUAAUGAAUGGCUAGUUGCAGCAGAUAACAUCUCCCCUUCUAAACUUUCAGUGGAAGUUGGCAAUUUGGAUCCAGGAACUGCAUAUAAAUUCCGUGUAAUUGCUGUUAAUAAUUAUGGAGAAAGCCCACGAAGUUCUCCCUCACGACUGUAUAACGUGGCUGGCUUUACCAACCGAUAUUCCAACCGCCCCAUUGCAGGACCUCAUAUUGCUUAUACUGAAGCAGUCAGUGACACCCAGAUCCUGUUAAAGUGGACUUAUAUUACUUCAAGUAACAACAACACACCAAUCCAAGGAUUUUACAUUUAUUAUCGUCCAACGGAUAGUGACAAUGACAGUGAUUACAAGCGAGAUAUUGUAGAAGGUACAAAAAUAUGGCACAUGAUAAACCAUCUACAACCUGAAACAUCAUAUGAUAUUAAAAUGCAGUGCUACAAUGAAGGAGGAGAAAGUGACUAUAGCAAUGUGAUGAUAUGUGAGACUAAAGUGAAGCGCUUGCCUGGAGCAUCUGAAUAUCCAGUAAAAGACCUUAGUACACCACCUAAUUUCCCUGACCGUGGAAUUGGGAGCAAUGCAGGUCAACCAAAUGGUCCAGCCCGGAGUAGCAACAUGCUGUAUCUCAUUGUAGCCUGUGUCCUUGGAGUGAUGGUUUUCAUUCUGAUUGUCUUCAUUGCCAUGUGUUUAUGGAAGAACCGCCAGCAAAAUGCCUUGCAAAAGUAUGACCCUCCUGGCUAUCUCUACCAAGGUACAGAUAUCAAUGGACAAAUGGUUCAGUAUACAACUCUACCAGGGACAAGCCGUAUUAAUGGUGGCAUACAUGGAAACUUUAUCAGUAAUGGAAAACAUAAUAAUGGAUGCCUUCACCUCCAUCAUAAGGUUCCUAAUGGAAUAAAUGGGAUCAUGAAUGGUGCUAUCAAUGGAGGAACUGGUGUUUAUCCAGGACAUUCUAACUCCCUCUCCAGAGCACACAUAGAAUAUGAGCACACCCAUCACACAGGAAAUGGUGGUGAAGGAUACACAUCAGUCCCUCAGACAGACCCUUCAGAGUAUCCCAAUUGCAGAAACUGUCGUAACAAUAACAGGUGUUUCACUAAAACCAGUGGCAGUUUUGGCAACAGUUCUGUAUCUGUGAUGCCCAUUAUAGCACCUUAUCAGCAAGACAGUUUAGAAAUGAAACCAUUAAAUCACAUGAUUGUUGCCAUGUGCUUGGCAUCCACAGUCCCUGGCUGCAACACUGAGGCUGAAGAAAAUGACAAGGAGAAGGUAGAGUCACCAUCACAUCAGGACUCUUGUUGCCAAGAAAAUGUGAACCCACUCAGUACAAAUUGUAUAUCAGAUCACAGUGCACAUUUGGAGACAUCUGAUCACAUGUUGAACUGGAGCCCCCUUAUUCUUCGGCCUGUUUCAAAACAUUGUAAUGAAAAGAUGGAAGUGAUUUCAAAUGGCGUUACAUUGGACAGUUUGGGUGGACAUCAACAGCUCCAAAUACAGGAGACUUAAGGAAAUGGCCUCCCUUGAUACUCCAGUAAAGCCAGUAACUGCACAGCAGAAUUGCUGGAAGGGACUGACAACAAGAAUAUUAAUUAUUAGAAUCACUUAUUUAUUGUUCGUUUUUGAGGUGUAGUGUCCUACGAAUGUAUGUUUUAAAAAGCCCUUUUGCUGUUAUGUAUUAUUUAUCCCUUGAGAAAUUCAUCCCCCACACAUCCUGGAUGAAAUCAUUUUGACAAUUUAUAAUAAUAUAGAUGAUGUCUUCCUUGGACAGUUACCAUUGGAAAAUUACUGCUGCAGUGUGAUGUAAAGGUUUUAGCAAAUAUACACAUGGGGUAACUUCAGGCCCAAGUUGGACUGCAGCUUAUAAUUAUACAGCUAAAGGGUAUGAAUCAAAUAGAAGAAUUCCAGCCCAUCUCAAAUGUUACAACAUAUUAGUGAAAUGAUUAUUACUUUCUGAAAUCAUAUUGAUCUGCACUUGUUGAUUCUGAACACUGAAUGAUUCUCAGUAGUUCCAGCAAAGUCUUGCUGGUCAGCAGUUAGGCUUAUAUAAGUGAAUGUAAUAAAAGUAUAGAGUUCUUCUUCAAGCUGGUUCCUUGAUAGUGAGAGGAACAAAACAGGCCUUGUGAUAUUGUCACAACAACAACAAAGUGGCAGUAGUAUUUAUAGCUACCUGCUUAGCAAUGAGGGGACACUUGUAUGUGGCUAUUCUUGUAACGGUAUGUGGGAAAGACCUUGGGAGACUGUGCAAAGAGAUGCUGCCAAGGGAAUGUCAGAUAAGAGACAACA